AUGCUAUCACGAUUUUUAUUCAAUUCGCUAUCUUUUUUAUUUUUUUUCAUUAUUAUUGAUGCUCAAUUUAUCCUAAGAUCUGAAUCAAAUUAUCUUCCUAUUUUCAAUUCCUCAAAAGAUUACUUCGAACAAAGUGACAAAAAUAUUCCGACUCAUAAAGUCAAUGAAACAAACUUUGGUUUAAAGCUUAAUUACACUUGGGAAGAAGUUCUAGAAGAUGUUCAAUCAAAUCCGAAUCAGAAAUUAUUUUUUUUACAGAGACAUGCUGAAGGUUACCAUUUAACUGCUAGAAGUCAUUUCAAUUUCAGUGCUGUAGAUUGGAGAUGUUAUUGGAGUUUACAAAAGGGGAAAGACGGCAUUGUAUGGUAUGAUGCUGAAUUAACUGAAAAAGGGUAUCAACAAACACAUUCAUUAGUUAAAAAGAUUGAAUCUGUUUCAGAUUUUCCGAUUCCACAAAAAUAUUUUGUUAGUCCAUUAAGAAGAACUUUACAAACUUGGAGAGAGACUUGGACUAAUUUGACCGAAGAAACGGCAGUUAUUAAAGAAUUUGCAAGAGAAAUAUAUGGAAUUGAUAGUGAAAGUGAAAGACAUAAUAGAUCGUAUAUUGAAGAUAAUUUUCCAAAUUUUGAAUUUGAGGAAGGUUUUCAUUUUAGUGAUGUACUUUGGAAUUCUAAUUAUAGAGAAAAAACUCAGCAUUGUCAAUAUAGAGCUGCUACAUUGUUGAAGGAAAUCUUUGAUGAGACUUCAGAGGAGGAUAAAGUAAUUAGUAUCGUUUCUCAUUCAGGAAUUCUAUAUUGUAUUUUGGAUGUUGUUCAUCAUAGAUAUUAUGGUUUAUACCCCGGUGGGUUGAUUCCUGUAAUUAUAGAAAUAGAUGAUGAAAAUAAGGUAUACCCAUUAGACGAUGCUUAUUCAAAUUUUACAAGUUGGUGUCCACAUGUUCCUUCACUGAUUUCUGGAACAGCAAUCCCUACAGAAGUUGCAGAUACAACUUUAAGCAUAACUAGCACGACAACUUAA